ACACCUGGAAAUACAUUCAACAAAAUGGCGUCAAUAUGUCGCUGGGUUAUUUUAAUAUUGUUGAGUGUAAUUGGAAAAGUGAAUGGACAAGCAGCGACCACUGGAAAUACAGCAUUUGAUGCUCUAGAUGGUUUGGGAUGUACCCAGGUAAAAUAAAUAGAAAAAUGUCCAAGAAUAAAACUAUAGACUACCAUAGUAUAUCGUUGUUUACUAUUUUCGAUGACAUGAUUUCUUAAACUGUGUCAAACGAUUCUUGUGUUGUAUCCGCACUUCCGCAUAUUUGAUGACAUUAUUUUGAAGUCUUGUAUGUAUAAAUACGAUUUGAAUCCUAAUAUAAAAAUAUAAGCACAGACAUAAAUAAUUAUUUUGACCACUUUAACUUUAAAGUAUGGUGCAUAAAUAAAUUCCAUUGGCAUUAGCGUUUUCUAUCUAUCAAAUCAAAUACAAUCAUCAUCUAUAUAUCAUAUUCAUAUAUGGACUUAAUUUUAAUAAUUUUAUUCUUAUAAGUCAUAAGUUAUAACUAAUUAUACAAUAAUUUAAAUAAAAUUGAAUGACUGAUAAACAAUAACUUGGACUCUGGGAUACAAAAAGAUAACCAAAUUACAAUCUAGCCUAAUAUCAGUAAUAUGACAUAAUAUUAAUUAAUAAACAUUGCUCACAUAUGUAGCUAUUAUUAGCCUUACGGCCUUAGCUUUAACAGAGAAUGAAAAAAUAGUGUCUCAGUAAAUCAAUUAAAUAGAAGCCGAAGUCACAAGUGCAAAUGUUAAAAAUAUUGUCAACAAAGCGCAGUAAACACCAGGAUUUACACCAUGCUGUUCAGAUUUAACUAGAAAGGGUCUGUUGGAAGGGAGCUAUUUGUAUUUGUAGUAAACUAUCAACAGCUCAAUCAUUAACAAUAGCUUCUACAGAGCUAUUUGAAUUUCAGGGGGCUUAACUCCAAGUUGCAUAACAGGCUAAAAGUAAAAGUUUAAAUGUAAAACAGCUAUUGAUUUGCUCAUAUUGUGUAAUGCUCACAACUGAAAGUGCCUUUGACAUGAGAAAUAUUUCAUUGCCAGUUUCUAAAAAAAAAUCACUAUAAGAUUUUUUUUUUAAUGUUCAGAACAAUUUUUUUUAGAAACAAAGUUUUUAAAGUAAAAGGACAUAUUCUCACAUUUUCUUUAUACUCUGAAAUUAACUAUCAUAUUUUUAUAUUUUAUUUCGAAAAAAUAUGGAACAAAUAUUGAAUUAUUUUAAAUUAUGCAUUUUUUUGAAGGGCAGCAUAAUAGUCUAUUUAAAGAAUUUUUUUUGUUGUUGUAAUUCCAAAAUUUUAAUUUUGAGACAAAUCAUGUUUUUUGGGUUUUUUUUGACAGUUCAAAGCCAUUAUUAUGGAAGCCCAGCUUGAAGAGACGUACAGGAGUGCCCAGGCCCUGACAAUUUUUGUGUUCAAUGACACGGCCUACAACCUCAUGCCUCCCUAUAGGCAAGGAACUUUGUAUGACAAAACUUCACCCAAUAACCUUGGCGCCAAGGAGUAUAUCAACUCUUUUACAUGUAAGUGUCAUCAGUGGGUUCUUCUGUUGCAAUAUGCUCAAAAUAUACAUGAAUUGCUCUGGCAGAUUUGUUGUAAAAAAAAUACUUUCUGCUGAAUGAUUGCUGCAUGUACCAUUAACCUAAUGAUGACUUAGAUUGUGUAUUCCAUGAACAUGCCUCAAUAGAAAUAUUUACUCUAAAAAAAAAAGAAAGAUAUAUCAAUAACAUCUCUAUUUGCAGUAACUGAGGCUGUUGAGACAGGAUCUUUCAGCCCUGAUACCCCAGUUAGAACUUACUCUGUGAAGAACAGAAAAGUGUUCCUGAACAAAAGAGAGCUCCGUGUUGGGGUCAGUACUCAUGAUGUCAUUAUUUCAUAUAGUGAUCCUUUCAGAUUUUGUAAACCAAAUUUCUUGUUAAAUUUUUUUUUUUUUAAAUUGCUGGCAGCCGAUUUUCAGUCUUUGAUAUAUCUUAUGAAAAGGGAAAUCAUUUUAAGCAUUCAGCAUAAGUAAAGUAUUUGCACAUUCCACAUUUACCUGCACUUAUCACAAUAUUUAGCGCCUCUACCCACAAUUUUCAUAAUACAAUUUGUCUAGUUAAGUGGAAAUAGUUAUUACAGUUCUUUUUCUUCUCUCUAGUACUUGUUUGUACUUAUUUUUUUUUUCUUUCAAACCAUUAAUUUCAGAAUGUUGCCAGUGGUUUACCUGGCCCCACCAGAUACUUUUGUAAUGGUGCCAUGGUGAUAAGACCAAACAUACAAGCUGGCCAACAUCUCAUCCAUGUCAUAGAUCAGGUCCUGGAUAUGCCCUGGGAACAGAAUGCCAUCGCUUAUGUCACCGGAUACAAUCCAACUGGGUUGACGUAAGUUUUUAAAUUUUUUUUUGUUUUGUUAAUCACUCGGUGCCAUUUUGUAUUUGAAAAGAUUUAUGUAUAUAUUUUAUUAAGGAAAUUAAUUGAACUAAAUUAUCAGAUUUUGAAUUAUCAUUGAAAAUGUUAACAAUACAACACUACAUUUAGUACCAGGAUUGUUAUUAUUUGAAUUAAUAAUGAGCAUCAAUAUUUGUUAAAUAAUAUUAUAAUUAACCAUAAUAAUCUAGAUCUUCAAGAAACAUAUAAAUUAAAUAUAAAUAAUAGCUCAAAAUAAAUUAAAUAAAUGCAACAUAUGUGUUAUUUUUGUGCUCAAAAUUUCUUAAACCUCGUAAGGAAAAUAUUUAUAGUAGCUUCAUAAUAGCUGUAUAGUAGCUCUUAUGAAAUGUUGUACUUAAGAGCCAGGAGUGCUCAUGUCCAUUCAGCCUACCAAGCAUUACCUGGAAGGAUGUGGUUGACAGUGCUGAGGCAACCUUCUGCGAGUUCUUAAAGACCUUUGGAGCUCGGGUCGCCCAUUUGUAUUCCUUUUGUAGAUUAGAUAUGGGUAAAAUCUUGUAUUUUAAAUCUUUGAAGUAAAGCGGUAUAUUUUUUGUGCAGUAUAAACCAGGGCUGUAAAUAACACUUAAGAUUGAUUAAGAUCACAAUAUUUGCCUAAUGAUGUCUUUUCACCUAAACAAUGUUCGGCCUCUUCUUCUUCAGUUUAAAAUUUCUCUCCUUCAGAUUCAUGUUCUUCAGCAAGAUCAUGGAGUUCCUGAGACGUGCCCCUCAAGAAGAUGGUGAAUACAACUACAACAAGCAGGUCCAACAGGUUCUCUCCUCUAACCAGGUCACGUUCUUUAUUCCCUCGGACGAAGCUCUCAAUUUGAUUCCCCCUCAAAAGCUGAGUGAGCUUCAGGGUAACCUCAGACUUAUGCUGGAUGUAAGUAACUAGCUUCUAUCACAUUUUUUUCUUUAGAAGCUCUUGUUUACAAUUGACUGUUUAAGAGAUAUUAUUUUUUUAAAAUACUUGUCCUUUUUUUUUUUUUUUUUUUUUUUUUUUUUUUUUUUUUUUUUUUUUUUUUUUUUUUUUUUUUUUUUUAUUUUUUUUUUUUUUAUCUUUUUAAUAUAUUUUUUUUUUUUAAAAUUAUUUUUUUUUUUUUUUUUUUUUUUUUUUUAGUGUUUUUAGAUACAUUUUUUGUUUCAUUAUUAUUUCCUUAUCAAAUUCUAAUUUUUCCCCAGAUCAUAACUCUCCAUAUUGUCCCCAAUCAAGUUUUGUACACAUCACUAGUUAACCACAACGAAAGGUUUAACACACAGUUUAACUCAGGUGCGGUUGUCUUCAGGAAGAACUUCAACAGAGAAGCUGGUAAGAAAUUGGUUGCUUGAUCCUAAUACCAAAGUCAGGUUUUGGGGAGUUUAAAUAGAAACAAAAAGCCUUUUUCUAUAUAUUUAUUAAUCUUCCCGCCUAAAUACUGAUGAUUUUGUAAACAUGACUUAAAAUUGUGCUGACAAAAAUAAAGUUGGCAGUAACAAUAACUCAAAAAAAGUGUUGAGCUCUUCUGUUAGUUUGUUGUAAGUUUCUUUAAUUUUUUUUAUAGAAAUUGGUGGAAAUUUUUUUGCUCAUUUCCCACUGUUUAAAUAUUUUUUUAAAAUUUAUGAAAGAUUUUUUGCAAUGCUUGCCCAGGCUAUGACAUUUUUUAAUUGGUUUGGUAUGGGAAAUGGCACACCCCUUUAUCACUUACAAAACAAACAUCAGAAAAUGCUGUCGGAGAGUCACACUAAUGAACAUUUUAUUCCUGUUUGAACAUGAAGUAUUUUUAUUUUUUAUGUUUGAUCUCUUCUGUUCUUGCAGUGUAUGUGACUGGAUCCCUAAAGGGAGGUAGAACUGUGACAGCAAAACUGAAUCCUGCCAACAUUACUGUGCUCAAUGGAGUUGUCCACCAGAUUGAUUCCAUCAUGGGCUUUGUUUACAAGACAGCUGUUGAAGAGAUUUCAAUUGAUCCCAAUACUCAGUAAUAUUUAAUUUUUAAAUUGUACCUUUUUUUAAAAAGAAACUAAUAUAUGUCCAUACACAGUUACUGGUGAAUGUACUAUUAGUGAUUGUAGUCCUCAAACUAAAAUCUAUUGUUUUAAAUUUUACUGUCUUAGGCUAUGCUAUAGAUUCUUAUAUUUUGGAACUCUUUUUUUUUUUUUUUCUUAUGUCUUAACUCCUAUGAUUUUUUUUUAUUACUCAGGACUUACUGUAUAACUGUAUAAGGCUUAUUCAUCUGUGUGAGUUUAACAAUUGCUUCUUCUUUAACUUUUCUCAGGAAUUUUGAGCAGUUGGUUUAUGCAGCCAGGAAGGAUCUCCAGAAUGCCCUGACCGCCACCAGUGGGGUGACAGUUUUUGUCCCAAACAACCAGGCCAUGUUUGCUGUGGCCAAUGUGUACCAGAACUACAUCAACAACCAGUCACUCCUUAAUAUGGUGCAUAUAUUUUUAUGCUUGUUGUUUAUAAAAAUAAAAGAAGGAAAAGCUUUUUCAAAAAAUUUCAGUACAGGCAAUAAUGUCACAGACUUUGAAAUAUUGGCCGUUUCAUAAAAAAUACAGUGCAGUGAAACCUGGAUUUAGCAAACCUUGAAAUAGUGUGUUCCUGGCAUAUUCACUGACUUACCUUGGCACUGAUUGCUUCACAGCAAUAUAAAUGUUUAGUUGCCUAGGUUUUAUUUCCAGAGCCUAAGUUUUUAAAAAAAUGUUACCAGGUGUAAUAUAUUUCACAGUGAAAUAUAAACAUCACUUUUUAAAUGGAUUAAUCAUACUUUUUUUUCCAUUUAGAUCUUGGAGAUGAGCAUCUUACAACAAGGUCAGACCCUCAAUCUAAUGGACCAUUAUGGAAAUUAUGAGUCUUACAAUACAGCCGUAUCACGAUACAAUGGACGUUUGAUUAAAGUUUAUAGCGAAGGCAAUGGUCAGUAGAUCUGUAUUGGAUUUGUGGUGAUUUUUAUCUUGUUUUGCUCUGACAAUAUUUUGUGCUGUCAAUUUAGGUUACUCUAUGACCCAGCAAACUUGUGGGGAACUUUGAUUAGUAACUUUAAAAAUUCUUUAAACAAUAUUUUUGACCAAGAAUGACUUUGUGUCUCUCUUAGCUAUAUUUUAAUUUUAAAUAUGCUAAGAAAUAAUGUAAAACAUGGAUCCAUUAGAAUAACAAUGUUAUACCAAAAAUAGCUUUGUUUCUUACUUAGCUACAUUUCUAUUUUGAAAUAUAUGAAGAAAAAUGAUAACACAUGGAUCUAUUAGAAUGCUUUUUGGUUACAUUUCUAAAAGUAAUAGGCUUAUUUUUUUAAAAUGGCAAAAUUUUAACCCAUCAUCAAAUUAUAUUGUUUCAAUUUCUGUCAAUGUAAUUUAUAGGAUUUUUUUUAUUUUAAGAUACCUGGGUUGAAGGAGGCUACGUGAAAGCAAGGGUCAUCAAGCCAGACAUUGGUGUGACCAAUGGAGUUGUCCACCAGAUUGAUGCUGUCUUCGGUGUGCCAACUCGUGACUUAGUCUACACAAUCUACUGUGAGGAUUGGCUUGUGUAAGUUCUGCAAAUAGUAAAACAAUUACACAAUCUGAUGUGACGACUGGCUUUUGUAAGUACUGCAAAUACUAAAACAAUUACACAAUCUGAUGUGAGGAUUGGCUAAUGUAAGUACUACAAAAAGUAAAACAAUUACACAAUCUGAUUUGAGGAUUGGCUUUUGUAAGCAUUACAGAUAUUAAAAUGAUGAUAAGUUACCUUAAUAAAUGGAAUAUUGGCUUGUGUUUAAACAAAUUGUUUUCUUUAUAAAAAUAAAUUUUCUAGAAAAAAUAAAUAUAUGUUUAAAUGUUUUUAAUUUUCUGAUUUCUCCUAACUUCUGAAAAUGGAAUUUAUACAUAUUCUAAUUGUCUUAAAUAAUCUUUUUUGCUUUAUUUCAUUAAAAUGUAUUGGGUCUCAAAGAUACAUGUCUUUCCACUUCAUUUAUAACUUCAAUACACAUUAAAAGGUCUUACCAACUUUCAGUUUUGCUUUGCCACGCAGCCAAAAUUUGUUGCUGUUUGGUUUGGUUUAAAAAAAAUUAAUUGUGUUUACCAAUUAAUUUUUUUUGCUACCCCAGGUCGACCUACAUCCAGCUCCAGUAUGUAGGACUUGAUAAGUACAUGAGGGACCCGACACUGACCAAGAAUCAAGAAUGCACCUUCAGUGCCAGUGCACAGGCUGGCAGCUCUGCACCAAGUGGUGGAACCUGGAACACAGGCAACCAGAACACAAACCAGAAUAGUCAACUGUAUGAUCAGUAUGGAGGUCUCUGUGGAGAUGGCCUGCAUCGGUCAGUUGGGGAUAUUUCCUUGCAAUUUUUAGGGGGGAAAAAAAUGAUAAUUAAAAAAUUUAUUUUUAUCUUAAAGAUGAUAAAUCCUUUGAAGUUUUCAGAUGGGACUUUUAUUUCAUAGAUCAGUAGUAAAAUUAAAUAAAUACUUUAUUUUAUAGGCUUUACAGUUGUGAUUAUUAUUGACAUAUCUUUGUUAGUUGCAAUAUUUUGUACAUUUUAAUUUUAAUGUUAAACCUCACUUGAUUUUCAGUUGUGAGUUUACAUUCUUUGUUCCCAAUGGAACAGCCAUUGACAACUUUGCACUGACGCCUUAUGGGAGACAAAUCAUGAAUGAUGCCAGGAGAUGGAGAUGGGUGAGUUGAGUUGAAUGGCACCCUGUAACAUAGUGACGCUGUCCAGUUCAGAUGCAUUUCAUGGAGCUAUAACUAUACCAUGAGCAACUGAAUCUGACGUCUGUUUCAUUUCUGCAUGGGACAAUAUCAAUUCUGAGUGUGUAAGCAAAAUUAGCCAUCAAAUUGGAAAGAUUUUAUAAUAAUAAUAAUAAAGUUCAUUUCAAAAACACACUUCAUCCCUAAAGGCUCGAAGCGCCGUACAAAGUCAACAAAAAACAAAGCUAUAAUUUACCACAUUUAAAACAAACGCAAUACUACAAAAACUAAUUACAAGCAUACAAUGGCAACGUCUUUCUAGCCAUUUCAACCCUAAGCAACACAGCCAUUAUGCAUUAUAAGCUAAAUUCCAAAUUGGCACGCAUUUAAAAAUUUGACUAUCUAUGAAAAAAUAGCUGUGGUCUUACCAUUAAAGUUGGUGGUGUCAUUUUCUUUGCUAAAUGAGAGUGGUGGGGAUUUAAAUUCAGUUACGUCCAUUCAGAAAUCCAGGACCAGUAGAUUACAGAUUUACCUAAAGCAUGUUACGGUCACAAAUGGAAAUUCUUUUUUAAUUUGAUGACAUUUUUGUCAUUAGUCAUAAUUUGUAAAUUAAUUUCAGAUCCUUUCUUAGGUUUCAUGAGGCACGGGGAGGGCAAGGGUUUCAUCCAGCCUUUGUUUUACUUCCAAAUUUAGCAAUGACUAUCUCCUUCAUCAACUCACUCUUACGCUCUCUCUAUCUCAAUCCUUGUAUCCACACAUGUGUUUAUUUUUCUAUUCCUGUCAUCCACCGCACUUUAGUGCAAAGAUUUUGCUACCAAUCCUCCCUGAUAAUUUCUCAUAUUUUAAAAAAUCUUCAGAUGGUAACUUGAAAUGGACCAACGCACAGCUAACCUAACUACCAUUUGGAGAUAUUCAGACCUUUUUAAGACUUUGACUCACAUUUUUUUUGUUCUCUUUUCAGCUUCUGAGGCGAUUAGUAACUUACAGAGAGAAGAUCUAUAUCGAUCAAAUAGCUGCAGGUGCCCCCAGGAGUUUCUAUGCUGACAAUGGCGAAGAAAUAAUUGUGCAGACUGAUUCAAGAAGUAACAUCCCCAGUGGACAGAGAAGUAAGUGCAAAAAAAUAAUUUCUAAUGUUUAAUUAAUAAACUUUUUAUGUUCCUUGCCCAAUAAAUUUCUCAUAAAAUACAAGCGAUAGAUCUGCUUUUAAUUUCUCAGAAGUAUAUUUUAUGUCAGUAACGGUAGAAUUUGAAUUUACCAAUAUUCCUGUUCUCCAAUGAACUUAAACUGCAUUUAGUAUCACAUUCAUAAUUUCUCCUUCUAUGCUUGGAUUUUAUAAUGUUUUCUCAACAAUUUGUAAUGGCAUGACACAAAUUCUGAUCACUGAAUUAAUAACAUUAAAAAAUAGUGAAUAUCAUCUCCUUCCAUGUGCAUCCGCUCUUAAUCAGGGGUUUCCAAAGUUUAAAGUUUGGUGGACCGGUAGACAACUUUCCCAUUGCACCAUGGCCCGUGACAGUUUUAUUAAAUUUUUUAAAUCUUUUUUGACUCAAAAUAUUUCAUAAAAUAGUUUUCUUAUCCUCAAUUAUCCAGUGUGAGAGAACUCUGUUAACUAUAACCAUUUAACGCUUGCUGCUUUAAUUAUUGAUAUUUUCUAUUAUGGCUGUUAAACUUUUGAAUUUUUUUGCAUUCAUUUUCUGGUCUCAUUAUGUGCGGAAGGGCAAUUAAAGGCUUGCGGACCGGUGCCAGCAAAUGAAACUGUGAAACACUGCUCUAAAUGACUUUAUUUCCAUUCUGAAUGGUUUUAUUAUGCAAUAAAAAUUGUUUGUUAUCAUUUUGUCUGUUUAAUUUGUCAUAAGGCAUUUUUUAACUGAUUGUUCCAUGUUGCUAUGCCAUAUGAUGAAACCUCUUUUUAUUUCCCCCCACUCCAGUUGCCUACAUAAUGUUUGAAGGUAUAAGAGCUCAAAUAGUCCACUCUGACAUCGGCGCCACCAAUGGCGUUAUACACAUCAUCAGUUCAUUAUUAUUUGUGCCGGAGGACCUCGCCCGUGACAUAAGCGGAGUGGCGAGGAACAGCCAAUCACUUUACUAUGUUUUAAUUUUUAGUAUACUUGGAGCUUUAAUAACGAAAAUAAGAUUGCUGACAAGCUAAUGAGAAACUUUAUCUUUGUAUAUAAAUCCCUUUUUUGAUACCCUUGUACAAAAUGAAAUGUGAACAUAAUUUCCUCAGACACUGUGUAUAUACAAAUGAUUCUAAAUUUCUAUUGUCUUAGACUAUAUAUAUAUAUAGAGUCUGGAUUGUAAUGCUCAUUCCUAUUCGAAUUAAACACUGCACGCAGUUCUCAAAUUUUUUUCUUCCUUUUUUUAUACCACUGUUGAAAGUCAGUUUCAGAAUACUAUUGCAAUAUUGAAUCAAAACUAGCUGUACUGUAAAUACUCUUGCUAAAUUUGAAAUAAUUAUCGCGACACAAUUUAUUCAACUCAUGACCGCUAAAGGAUACUUCAUUGGACCUAUUUUGCAAAUAUUAUGAUAUUUUGCCCUCUCCACACCCUGACUGCUCUAGAACUGAUUUUGAUUACACAACAUUCAACAUAUCACAAAUUAAUAGUGCCUUAUGUAAGUUUAUAAUAUUUACUAAAAUAAUUUUUGUUCAGCAAAAGUAAUUCAAAGUAAUGAUUUUCUAUUUGCAAGUUAGACUGUCACUGCAAUAGCUUUCUUAAACAAAUAUUUUUAUUACAUCCAAAGACAUGAUUAGCACCUAUACAGUUGUAGAUUCUCCGUUUCAUAUUUGAAUGCUGAUCUGCAAAAAUUCAUUGUAUCUAAGCUCUUUUUCUGUCUGUUGCAUAUUUGAUUUGUUAUUUAGUAUACACAUUUUUUAAGUUCAUAAUUUAUAAAGUCCCUUGAUUUAAAAAGACAACCAUUCCUGUCCAAGAGCAGGAAUGUACUUGUUGAUUAAUUUAUGUGUUGUUUAUUAUUUUUUAUAUAUUUAAGAAAAUUAAUAAGUUGUUAAUCACUUACUUUAAAAACUUAUUUAAAAUCUCAAGCUUCUUAGUUAAAGCUCUGAGGCAUUGCAAGUCUUGUAUAAAUUUUAUGGGAGUGGGUACUUUCCAAUUUUCUCAAAUGUGUGCCAGAGAUUUCAAGAGGGCCCAGCUAAAGUCUUUUUACAUGUUGUAAUUAUUUGAAUCCAGUAUUUUCGUUUAUUAAUGCAGAAAAGUGAGUCAAGUUAUAAAUAGAUCAUUUAAUUUAAAAUAUAAAAAUGUAACCCGGAUUUUCAUAAGUUCAAUCUGUUUUUUAAUGGAUACAAAUUUUUUUAAAUUUUAGUUUAAAAAUAAAUUCUGUAUCUGGAAGGAACUCGGACUUAUAAACUCUUAUAUAUAUCAAUUGAAAUAUUGUGUGUUUUUGCACAGUAUUUUAGGUUUAUUGUGGCAAAAAAAAAUUUGUAGAAAAAAUAUGUUUUUAUUUCUUCAAGACAUUCCAUUUGCUCACUGUUGCCCUAUACAUAUUUCAUGUCGUUUUGAGAGUAUGUUCAUAUAUAUUCAUGAUGUCAUUUUAUAAUGGUCAUUAUUAAAUUACUGGAGUUCCCCCACAAGGAGAGGAACUUGUGUGAACUUUUAAGCUGACAUGCAAGUGAACAUUGCCAUUGUUAAAUAGAUCGAACAACGCUCAGGACAAAUUGUAGUGAUUUAAUCACAAUUUUCUGUCAACGUCUUUAAACAAUAAUGUUAACAUUUUAUGUACAUAAUUUAUUUUUGAAGUAUGUUUAUUUUUUUAAGAUUACAAGGGGAGUGUCAUUGUAAUUUUUAAAAUUACAAAUCUUUUCACAUUUAUAAGUUAAUUGUAAACGGUUACCGAAAAUUUCAUCAAAAGAAAUUUCAUCGAUGGUAAAUUGACUGUAAUUUGAUCAAACGGAAAUUUGGUCGAAUCUUUUUUCAGUUAACACAUUAAAAUUUUCUUCAAAUUUCUUUUUGAACGCACUAUACUAGAUACCAAAACAAAAUAAUGCGUUCAGAAAGAUAUUCAAAGCAAAAUUUUAACUUAAAAACUGGAAAAAAAUUAUUCAAUUUACCGUCUGCGAAAUUUCUUUUGAUCAAAUUUCCUGAUAUGAUUAUAAACAAUUGUAAGAUAUUUUCAUUUAAACAUCUGAAAUCAGCCAUGAUAAAAAUGCAUGAAAUAUUUUUAAGCUGUUUCUAAAUGAUGUUAGCUAGGGUCGCUAAAGUAAUCUUGGGUGGAAUGCUGGUUACAGUUAAAAGUUGGCGGAUCCACUGUAAUUUUAUUCCAACCUGUCAUUCUCAUGAGGCAUUCAUAAAAUCAACUCUGGUUCUGUGUGUUUUAUGUGGACCUUUGAAUCUUUAUGUCCUAUUGAUUUUAUGUAUCAAAUGUAUGUAAAUAUUUUUAAUGAGCCAAUAACGAUUACCAAUUUGUUCGCUGUCUCUGUACAUCAGUUUUCAAUGUUUUUAAAUACAUUUAUUUUCUCUUACUUCAAAGUGCAUUAAAUUUUUGUUUUUUGGGAUUUAUGUUUCACAGCUUAUCUGAUUAUUUUUAUUUUUAAAAUUAAACCUGAAUUCAUGCAAAAUUUGAAUUUUUGGGACCUUUUGAGGGUCAAUUUUAACUGAAAGGCUAAAUGUUGCCCUGGUGCUAAUCUGUGUCUGAACACAAUCAAUCGUUAGAGAGUCUGGUAACUGAUUGAGAACUGUGGUUUAGUCUGGUAACUGCUAAAAACUUUGGUUUUCAAAUUUGAGCUAUUUUAAAGUUCAAUGGGCUAGAUUGUCAUUAGAUUUUUAAAAAUAUUUACUAUUGUCACAUUUCUUUUUUUUUCUCUUGUACAUUUACGUCAAAACAUAUAUUUAUUAAACAUUACGUAGGAUGAUAGAUGUACAAAAUUAGAUAUUUAAACGUGACAUAGAUAUUGAGUGACAUAUCAUUGGGG